UGGAUCUGGAUGCGACCUCGUCCGCGCGUGAAAGAGGAAAGUCGCUCUCUUUUGGUCGUUGCUGUAUGUAAGGCGGCGGCACGGCGGGGUUGGGGUUGGGGUUGGAGGGGGGGAGGGGGGGACGUCAGCUGCGGCCUGCGGCGGGCCCGUCUAGGUGUGUAGGGUAUGCUGCUCUACUCGCACCUACUCGACCUAGAUAGCCGGAGAGGAGGAGAGUCGAGUGCCCUAUGUAGGGCGGUAGAGGGUAGAGCACGACGUCUACCGACUCUACAAAUCAUACAACCCUACUCUACCGGUAGCCACUCUGCUCUACCGGUAGCCACUCCACUCGGAGCACUCGCUCUGCUCUACUGCUCUACUCAGGCUCCAGGUCGAGCUCCAGAUCCAGAUCCAGCCCAGCCAGCCAGCCAGCCAGCCAGCCAGCCAGCCAGCCCUUCGUGCUCGAACUUCCUAUCGUGGGCAUUCCCAGUCAUUUCUCCGUAUGUAUGCAUACAUCGGGAAGCCGUUCCCCCAAGAGCCCCCCUCCCCCCAAGAUUGCCCAAGAUUGCCCAAGAGACGCGAGGCAACCGGAGCCCUCUCGGAGCCCAAGAAAUGUCCGUCUUUCUUGGAGCCUGCCCACCGGACAUAUCCACAGGCAGCACCACUGCACAGCUUCCAGCUUGGCCUAUGUAAUCUUCCAAGCGAGACGAGCCAGAGCGGCACUAACCACAGUAAAGCACCCAACUAGGGGCUGCGGCUACUCUAGAUAACUAUUCCAGAUUCCAGGGCCCACCUUCACCUUUUUUUUCUUUCCUCCAUCCAUCGCACGGGCC